AGAAAUGAUUACACCCGUGACUGAACACAUGAAACACAGUGAAAAUUCCCACAAACAACUCCCUUUUGGUCUUUCCAUAUUGGCAGGUCCAGCUACAAUGGCGGAGAUUGUCAUCCUGCUGAUUCCACACGUCUCUCAAUCCACACCCUUUAUUGUCAAACCAAACAUGAUAGUAACAGUGCAUGAUGAAGACAACACUUCAAUCUGGUGGAUUGCCACCACAACACGAAGCCAAACCAGAACAAGAAACAAGAAGAAAAACAUAGAACACAAACAGCAACUUGUUCAUGCCACUUUGCUGUAAAGUGCUUUAAGCGUUGACCCAGCACUUCAACUAUGUGACCCUUCACGUUUCAGCUCCACAUUCAUGCCCUCUUCAUCAAUCAAUGCUAUCUGUAAUUGUUAUCUGCUUCAGGGUACGUCUCUGUCACUGUCUGUGUUGUGUGAUAUCCCUCCAUUCUUUAUUGAAUGUUUCGGUGGGUCUAUUUAUUUUUCUCUGAAACAGUAUUGGUUUUUUCUCAAUUGGGCUCUUCUUUUCUGCUUCAUUUGACAACAAGUGUUGUUUGUUUCUCACCGACCAGGAAACUCUUCCUUUCACAACACGGUAUUUGUUUUAUUAAUUUUCCUUAUGUCAUCUUCUUUUUGUCUUGAAGCUCAGUUAUCUGAUUGCUGUUUUUGUUUUUUCUGAUCUUUAAUCUGCUUAAUCAUGUUCACUCUUGUUCUUCACUUGCUUGUGGUCCAAUAAAGUCACCCCUUGAUGUGUUUGUGGUUUCCUGAGAGAAAUGGCAUUGAAGUGGUGUUUGAGUUUCCAUUCUCAUACUGGGUUUUACAUGAUGCUAUUGUUUUGCCUUGUAAGUUCAAUUAAUGAAGAGGGUUCAAGCCUUUUGAAGUUUAAGAGGUCCCUUUUAGACCCAGAUAACAAUCUUCAUAACUGGAAUCCUUCUCAUUUCACUCCUUGCAAUUGGACUGGUGUGUACUGCACAGGUUCAUUGGUAACUUCUGUAAAACUCUACAACCUUAAUCUUUCUGGUACUUUGUCUCCUAGCAUCUGUAAUCUUCCAUGGCUACUUGAGUUGAAUCUAUCAAAAAAUUUCAUAUCUGGCCCAAUUCCUGAAGGUUUUGUUGACUGCAGUAGAUUAGAGGUUUUAGACCUUUGUACAAAUAGGCUUCAUGGACAGCUUUUAGCUCCUAUUUGGAAAAUCACAACACUUAGAAAGCUUUAUCUGUGUGAAAAUUACAUGUAUGGUGAAGUUCCAGAAAAGGUUGGGGAUUUAACAUCACUUGAAGAGCUAGUUAUUUAUAGCAAUAACUUAACUGGAAGAAUUCCCACUUCAAUUAGUAAGUUGAAGCAGCUUAGAGUUAUUAGGGCGGGUUUGAAUGGCCUCUCAGGGCCCAUACCUGCAGAAAUCAGUGAGUGUGAGAGCUUGGAGACAUUGGGAUUGGCUCAGAAUCAACUUGUAGGUUCUAUACCAAGGGAGCUCCAAAAGCUUCAGAACCUUACCAAUUUGAUUUUAUGGGAAAACUCUUUAUCUGGGGAGAUUCCUCCUGAGAUUGGAAAUAUUAGUAGCCUGGAGUUGCUUGCUUUGCAUCAAAAUUCAUUUAGUGGUGCGAUCCCGAAGGAGCUGGGAAAGCUGUCCGGGUUGAAGAGGCUGUAUGUGUACACCAACCAGCUGAAUGGCACAAUCCCAACAGAGCUAGGGAACUGUACAAAUGCUAUUGAGAUAGAUCUUUCUGAAAACCGUUUGAUCGGGAUCAUUCCCAAGGAGUUGGGCCAGAUCUCUAAUCUUAGCUUGCUCCAUCUAUUUGAAAACAACCUACAGGGUCAUAUUCCAAGGGAGCUUGGGAGCUUGAGGCAGCUAAAAAAAUUAGACCUAUCGCUGAAUAACUUAACAGGUACGAUUCCCCUGGAGUUUCAAAACCUUACGUAUAUCGAGGAUUUGCAGUUAUUCGACAAUAAACUUGAGGGUGUGAUUCCUCCUCAUCUCGGAGCUCUUAGAAACCUUACUAUUCUUGAUAUAUCUGCAAAUAAUCUUGUUGGUAUGAUACCUGUCCAUCUUUGUGAAUUUCAGAAGCUACAAUUCUUGAGCCUCGGAUCAAAUAGGUUGUUUGGAAAUAUCCCUUAUAGCCUGAAAACUUGCAAGUCUCUUGUGCAGCUAAUGCUGGGGUUUAACCAGUUGACAGGAAGCCUACCUGUUGAAUUUUAUGAACUUCAAAAUCUUACUGCUCUUGAACUUUAUCAGAAUCGGUUCUCUGGGCGAAUCAACCCAGGGAUAGGACAGCUUACGAAGUUAGAGAGGCUUCUCUUGUCAGAUAACUAUUUUUCUGGGCAUCUCCCUUCUGAGAUUGGAAAUUUGGCACAACUUGUCACAUUCAAUAUUUCCUCUAAUCAUUUCAGUGGAAGUAUUCCUCAUGAGUUGGGAAACUGUGUAAAUCUGCAGAGGCUUGAUCUCAGCAGGAACCAGUUCACUGGUAUGUUUCCGAAUGAAAUUGGCAAUCUGGUGAAUCUGGAGCUGUUGAAAGUUUCUGAUAACAUGCUCUCUGGGGAAAUACCAGCCACUUUGGGGGAUCUUAUUCGUCUCACAGGCCUUGAGCUAGGUGGCAACCAAUUUUCAGGAAACAUCUCUUUUCGUUUUGGAAGACUUGCUUCUCUCCAGAUUUCCCUUAACUUGAGCCACAACAAACUUUCGGGCACAAUUCCUGACAGCCUAGGGAACUUGCAAAUGCUAGAAUCACUUUACUUGAAUGACAAUCAACUAGUUGGUGAAAUUCCUGCAUCAAUUGGUGACCUGCUUAGUCUUGAUGUAUGCAAUGUAUCUAACAAUAAGCUGAUAGGAACUGUUCCAGACACCACUGCAUUUAGGAAGAUGGAUUUCACAAAUUUUGCUGGGAACAAUGGGUUGUGCCGUGCAGGUACAUACCACUGUCAUCCAUCUGUCGCUCCAUUUCAUCGUGCAAAACCAAGUUGGAUCCAAAAGGGUUCAACAAGGGAAAAGAUAGUGAGCAUUGUUUCUGGGGUGGUUGGACUAGUUUCUCUUAUUUUCAUAGUCUGCAUAUGCUGGACCAUGAGGCGCAAUAACACUUCUUUUGUUUCACUUGAAGGGCAGCCAAAGCCUCAUGUCCUAGAUAAUUAUUACUUUCCAAAAGAAGGCUUCACAUACCUGGAUCUCUUGGAAGCCACUGGCAAUUUUUCAGAAGAUGCAGUUAUAGGAAGUGGAGCUUGCGGCACCGUCUACAAGGCUGUUAUGAAUGAUGGUGAAGUGAUUGCGGUCAAGAAGCUGAAUUCACGUGGAGAAGGAGCAACCGUUGACCGAAGCUUCCUUGCAGAGAUUUCAACCCUUGGAAAGAUCAGACAUAGGAACAUUGUGAAGCUGCAUGGAUUUUGUUAUCAUGAGGAUUCAAAUCUUCUCUUGUAUGAAUACAUGGAAAAUGGGAGCCUCGGUCAACAACUUCAUUCAAAUGCAACCGCGUGUGCACUGAACUGGAAUUGUCGAUACAACAUUGCUCUAGGAGCAGCAGAAGGCUUGUCCUAUCUUCAUUCUGAUUGUAAACCUAAGAUCAUCCAUCGCGAUAUUAAGUCAAACAACAUUUUGCUUGAUGAAGUGUUUGAGGCUCAUGUUGGAGACUUUGGCUUGGCAAAGUUGAUUGACUUUUCCUUAUCAAAAUCCAUGUCUGCUGUGGCAGGUUCAUAUGGCUACAUUGCCCCAGAAUAUGCUUACACCAUGAAGGUGACUGAGAAAUGUGACAUCUAUAGUUUUGGGGUAGUUUUGCUGGAACUAGUUACUGGGAGGUCACCUGUUCAACCUUUGGAACAGGGUGGUGAUUUAGUGAGUUGGGUGAGAAGAGCAAUUCAAGCAUCCGUACCGACAUCUGAGUUAUUUGACAAGCGAUUGGAUCUGAGUGAACCGAGAACAGUUGAAGAGAUGUCUCUUAUUCUCAAGAUUGCUUUGUUUUGCACCAGUGCAUCUCCACUUAACAGGCCUACAAUGAGAGAGGUCAUUGCAAUGUUGAUUGAUGCUAGGGAAUAUGUCAGCCAUUCCCCAACCUCUCCUACAUCAGAAUCUCCACUGCAUGAAGAUGAAGGUUCUUCUUCUUCCAAAAGUUUGAAUACUGAAAAUGGUGGUCUGGAGGUGUAAGUUACAAGCUUCUCUGUUCUCUAAGGAGGGUGAUUUUGGUACUUCAUCAUUUCUACAUGUUACUUUGAAUCUUAUUCAAUCAUGUCCCUGGGCUCCAUUAAAUAAAUCGCCUUAGCUAAAAAGAAUGGCAUAAUCAGUUUCAGAGAAGAAAAUGCAAUGCUUUAACUCAAUCAAGUGUUCUUCAUGUGGAAGCUCCUAACCUAAGUUGUCUGAGAAGUUUUCAUCUCAACGGUAUCAAGCAACUCUAAUCUAGUAUUAACUUAGGUGUAUGAUGAUUCUAUUAACAUAGCAAACCUCACACUUCUCCACUAUGUGUUUGAUGCCAAUUGUAGUGAGAUGAACAUAUGAAGACCGUGCCAUUUCACAUAGUGAUGAUUAUAUUUGCUUAUUAGUUACACAAGUGCGGAAAUAUAUUAAAAUUUGGGAGA